AUGGAUAUACACUGUAAGCACGACCCGUUCGCAGCAAUGCAUAUAAGCCACUCAGGACACGGCGGGGUGAACCAGCUAGGGGGGGUGUUCGUGAACGGGCGCCCCCUGCCGGACAUGGUCAGGCAGCGCAUCGUGGAGCUGGCGCACCAGGGCGUGCGGCCCUGCGACAUCUCCCGCCAGCUGCGGGUCAGCCACGGCUGCGUCAGCAAGAUUCUGGGCAGGUACUACGAGACAGGCAGCAUCAAGCCGGGAGUCAUUGGAGGAUCCAAACCAAAGGUUGCUACACCCAAAGUCGUCGACAAAAUCGCAGAGUACAAACGCCAAAACCCCACCAUGUUUGCCUGGGAGAUCAGGGACAGACUGCUGGCGGAGAGAGUGUGCGACAACGACACCGUUCCCAGCGUCAGCUCCAUCAACAGGAUCAUUCGGACAAAAGUCCAGCAGCCUCCCGGCCAGCCAGGCUCUGUCUCCUCUCACAGCUUAGCCUCCACGGUCACGGUGACUCAGGUGUCCGCGGUGACCAGUGAUUCGGCCGGCUCCUCCUACUCAAUCAGCGGCAUUCUUGGAAUCAGCUCUGCCGCCGACGGCAGCAAACGCAAGAGGGAGGAAGCCUUGCAGGAGUCUCCGCUGGCCAACGGUCACUCUCACCCGGGGCGGGACUUCCUGAGGAAGCAGAUGAGGGGGGACCUCUUCACGCCGCAGCAGUUAGAGGUACUGGACCGAAUGUUUGAGAGACAGCCCCUCCCUGACCUCUAUCCCACCCCCGAGCCCAGCGAGCCCCAGCAGACGACAGACUACUCCGCUAUGGCGUCUCUGGCGGGCGGGCUGGAGGAGAUGAAGAGCAGCCUUGCCAACGCCGGGGGGGCGGAGCUCGGCGCCAGCGUCCCGGGCCCCCAGUCCUACCAGCUGGUGUCGGGUCGGGAUUUAGCGAGCACCACCCUGCCGGGGUACCCCCCUCACGUGCCCCCUGCUGGACAGGGCAGCUACUCCGCCCCUGCGCUGACCGGUAUGGUACCAGGCAGUGACUUUUCUGGCAGCCCGUACUCCCAUCCACAGUAUUCCACGUACAACGAGUCCUGGAGAUUUCCCAACCCCAGCUUAUUAGUGUUCCAGCAGGACUAUGGCUCGCGCCUGGGCACCGAGAUUGGAUGCACCUCGGGCCUUUUUGCCAGCCAGUCGGGCCAGAUGCAAGGGUCUCCGUACUACUACAGUGCAGCGGCGCGAGGGGCCGGGCCGGCCGCCACCACCACCGCCUACGACCGCCACUGA